UCAAUGACCUCCUUGUUCCAGAGGAGUUCUCAGGCAGCUUCGAUGGAAGGAGGGAGCCAAAAAGGAGGCCUGGCAUAAGUUCAAAGAUGAUAAUUACAACAUGGAUUGUGUACAUUCUUGCCCGGAAAUGUGCAGGGUUCCCCUUCCCACCAAAAAUCAGUUCAGACGUUGAAGUUGUAGAAAGCGAGGCAGUAUCUGUAGUACAGCACUGGUUGAAAAAAACUGAAGAAGAAGCUUCCCAGGACAUAAAGGAGAAGAUGUCCACCAACUGCCCUCCCACCCAUGGCCAAGAUGUACAUGUCACCAGAGAUGUGGUGAAGCAUCAUCUCUCAAAGUCUGAUUUGUUGGCAAACCAGAGUCAUGAGGUCCUGGAGGAAAGAACAAGAAUCCAGUUCAUAAGAUGGAGCCAUACCCGUAUCUUCCAAGUGCCAAGUGAGGCGAUGAAUGACGUUACGCGAGACCGAAUUGAGCAGGUGAGACGAAGCAUAUGCAGCCUCACGGAUGAAUCAUCUCAGCAGAUUCACGACAGAAAUUCCUAUGCAGACUGCUGAGAGCUACAGGUGAGAGGGCCAACAGGUUCAUGUCCUUCAGGGUCAAGGAACAGCCUGUGUUAGAAGAACAUCUAUCACCCCUUGAUCGGAGGAGCGACCACAUCUAGGCAGAGAGAAUCCAGUGGGUGAGCCCUUCCUUGUGACAGUGGCAGCACUGGAAUCUUCCCGCUGAACUUCUAAUAAAGAG